AUGACGGGAAUACAAGGCACGAUUCAAACUCAAUUUUGGGCUGUUAGAGAUUACCUCGCUCCGGUGCUUAGGGAAUCAAAAUUCAAAGAGCACGGCAGAAUUACUCCAGAUGAAUUCGUUGCCGCUGGCGAGUUUCUAACAUACAAAUUUCCGACGUGGACGUGGUGCAGUGGUGAUGAAUCGAAGCACAGAGACUAUCUGCCUGCCGAUAAGCAAUAUCUCAUCACCAGAAAUGUCCCUUCACUUCGCAGAGCCAGGGAUAUGGCCUUCACAGACAGUCUAGGCGACCCUGAUAAUGAAGCUUUCCUGAAAUUCGUAAAUGAUGAGCUUACAGUUGGUGGUGAAGAAGGUGAGGAUGACUGGGUUCAGACUCACGCUGGAAACCAAUCAAAGGGCGAUGUUCCAGAUAUCAUGCCAUCCAUUUCGCCCACAAACUCACCCACUAUACAACCCUCAUCUCCUCAAAAAUCUAAAGACAGCCAAGACAUUGAGAAUAUUCAAGAUAUCCCUGAUAUGGAAGACGACGACGAUUUUGGUGUGAUUGAUGAGCCAGAUGAUCCUGCAGUGGUUGAUACGGGCAGCAGUGGCGUGCUCAAGGUGCGAACGUACGAUUGUAUUAUUACAUACGAUAAGUACUACCAGACACCGCGUUUGUGGUUACAAGGCUACGAUGAGCACCAAAAGCCUCUCUCAUACAACCAAAUACUCGAAGACGUUCCAUCUGACCACGCCAACAAAACAGUCACCUCAGAACCAUUCCCCCACUCAGCAUCAAACACACCAAUGCUUUCUGUUCACCCAUGCAAGCACGCGUCAGUGAUGAAGAAAAUGAUAGAAAGGCUGGAUACAAAGGCUAAAGCGGAUUCACCGAAUACGUCAACUGCCACAUCCAAGAAGAAGGGUUGGCUGAGUAGUGUUGUCGGUGGAUCGAAAAAGCAACCACAGUCGCAGCAGCUGCAACAACAGCCCGAGACGGAUAGUGAAGAUGGAUUGCGCGUUGAUCAGUAUCUCGUAAUGUUUUUAAAGUUUAUGGCGGGGAUACUAACAGUGGAGAUAGACGCGACGACGUCUUUCUAG